AUGUACAGCAUUCUCGACGUGGCUGAAACCGUGCGAAGGUUCUCCACCCGUGGGGGGGAUGAGAGGAGGUCCAGUAAAUUGACCAGUAAUUUACGGAUAACGAAGCUCCCGGAGAAGCUGCUGCUUCGCAUUUUCAGUUUCCUAACGCACCGAGAGCUCUGCACGAUAGCGCGUGUCUCCAAGCAGUGGCGCCGCCUGGCCUACGAUGAGUCGCAGUGGCGGGCAAUCAACCUCCGCCCAGACCACGGCGGACUUUCGGUUCCAACAGUCGAAGACUUCCUCAACCUCAUCAACCAGCGUUCAGGGGAGGGUCUGCGCUACCUCGAGCUGUCCAGCGACCUGAUUACCAUCCCGGUCCUGGAGGAACUCGGCAACAAGUGCACGAACCUGCGGUACUUGACGCUCGACUUCAGCAACGCAAUGCAGCUGCACGACUUCAACGAUCUGAUGGCCUUCCCCGGUCUUCUUUCUUACCUCUGCAUUUGCCUGAGUGACGUCAUCUUCAUGGAGGGUCUGAUGCGGAAGAUCUACCCGUGCCUCUCGUCCCUCGAAGUCCUCCAUCUCAUUGGAACGUUUGAACGAGCCGCCGAAGAGGAGGAGGAAAUUUACGAGUCUGCUGACGACCAAUUAUGCCUCCUUCUGCAGGUGGUUAACAUAAGCAAGAUUCGCGCCCACACACCGAAUCUGCGAGUGAUCAACCUCUACGGAAUCAGCUUUGUUGACGACAGUCACGUGGAGUUGUUGGCCACGAACUGCCUCCAGCUUGAGUGCAUCGCCCUCAACUACUGCCUCAACGUCAAGGGAGCCGCCUUCCCGCUGAUCAUUUCUAACUGCAAGAAGCUCAAAACCCUUCUGCUCUGCCAUUGUGGCCUUGAGGAUGAAUAUAUUAUGAAAGUGCCCUGGGAGAACUCCCAGCUCACGGAACUCGACAUAACCUCGACUGAACUCUCAUCAGAGUGCCUUGAUAGCUUCCUUUCGCGCAUCCCCAACUUCACGUACCUUGCAGCUGGACACACAGAUUUCUUCAAUGACAAGGUUCUGAAGCACCUGGUGGAUCUUCAGAAGUUCAAGGACCUCAUGGCUCUUGAUCUCAGUUUCACGCCAUCACUGAGCGAGGCCGCAAUCAUGAAUUUCAUCCAAACUUAUGGACCACAACUUCGUGGACUCAUGCUCCAAGGCAAGCCUGCCCUGGCCGAGUACUUUUGGACAACAGUAAUUACUUUUCUGCCCAAUAUAGAAAUUUGUGUCCUGGGCUCACCAGAUGGCUGGUUCUUCAAAUACAACACGCGUGUACACGUGGAUCAAAUACUCCACGCGUUUGCCCUGAACUGUCCCAACUUGACAGCCUUGGAAAUUCAAUGGGACACCGAAACCCUGCGGUUUAGCGAGAAGAGUCGUAAAUUCAUCGAUAGACUCAGAUUAAAAUGCUGGCGAUUAAAAUCGCUCACUCUGUGUGAUGGCAAGUACUACGAGCUCGUAAAAGGCAACUUUGAGAGAGCCGAGCGCCCCCGUGUUGUGCGGACUACAAACUCCUACACUACUUCUAUCGUGUCGCUUUUAAGCAGAUACAAAGAUUUGCAGUUCAACUAG